AUGUCUGGCGAGCUGGAGGUGGCGUUCCGGCCGGACACGCAGCUGACGGAGGUGAUGCGCCUGAGGGUCCAGUCGCUGCAGCAGAGGGGCCAGAGGCGGCAGGAGGGCGAGAGGCUGCUCCGCCCCGACGAGGCCGUGUACCGGCUGGACUUCCCGGUGCAGAGCCUGGCGUUCUCCCGGUGGAGCGUGCGGCUGUCCUCGCCCGGGCGCCUCACCGUCACCGCCACGUCGCAGCUCUGGACGCCGGACCUCACCCACCUCAUGACGCGCCAGCUGCUGGAGCCCGCCGGCGUCUUCUGGCGGGAGCGGGCGGGUCCCGACGCGCCCGUGCGGUCCUCCGAGGCCGACGCGCACGAGUUCGGGGAGCGGAUCGCCGAGCUCGCCAGGGUGCGCAAGGUCAUGUACUUCCUGUUUGCGUUCGCGGACGGCUGCAGCCCGGAGACGGUGGACUGUUCCAUCGCCUUCACCGUGGAGCGCUGA